AUGUUGAAAUCAUCGUCCAGAUUCUUCUUUCCCACUUGGGAGGACGACGACGACGACGAGGAGGAGGAGAACGACACGAAGAAGAGUCGCACAAACGACGACGAUGAAAAGGAGAAAAAAAAUGGAAAACAAGGAGGAAAAACCCAAAACUUUUUCUGCGACGAAGAUGCGAAACGACACAACGCGCUACUCGCGAUUGAUAUCCAGAGGCUGAGCGAUGAGUCUUUUAAUACCAAGAAGAAGAAGAUGAUGAGUCAACAACAAGAAGAAAAAAAAAAAAGAGGACAAGAAGACGGCUUUUUAAUAGACGAUGAAGACGGUGCGUAUACCGUCACCGUCGAGAGCGCAGAAGGAGACGCUCGACACGUGACGGUCACGGUCACGACUUCGUCAGAACAGAGAGGAAACGAGACAUUAUUAGGAAGCCACUGGAUAGCGGCGUAUUCGCCCGCGCGGGCGGACGUGAAAGCGAUAGCGCCAAUUAAAUACGCGAUAUUGAACGCGGUUUCGAAAGGGAGAUAUGUCGAGACAGGCGCAGUGGAGGUGAGGUUUAAGUUGACAAGCGUGAGAGAGGAAACGUACGAUUUCGUUUUGUUUGGAGAUUCUUGGAUGUGGAAACAUUACAACCGCGCGGAAGUUUUGGCAAGGAGCGAGGCGAUAAAUUUAGUAGGAUAUUUAGAGCCCGCGCAUCCGAGAGUAGUGCUGGUGAAGACGCCGCCGUCGUCGUCGUCAUCAUCAUCGGAUCUUGUCCGGAGAGUCGCGAUUACGUGGAAUAGCGGCAGAGACGCGUCGUCGACGCCUCGCAUCGAAUGGAGAACGAAUACAAAUGAAACUUCUACGAACUGGAAUGAAGUCGUAGCGACAAAAACUGAAACGUACGGCAAAGAAGAUUUAUGUCACGCGCCUGCGACGACGUUCGGUUUUCGUUCGCCGGGAUACGUACACACCUCGAUACUGUAUGACGUAAGUGUGGAUUUGACAUCGCAUGCAAAUGGUUUUGAAAAGAUUGAAUAUAGACUUCUAGACGAUGCGACGGAACCGGAGAAACAAGAGAUAUACUGCUGCGUAUACAAACCAAUACUACAAUCAUCAUCAUCAUCAUCGACAACGAGAGAAACCGAGCUGUUAUUUUUUGGAGACAUGGGAAGAGGUUCGGUCGACGACGCAGAGACGUGGCACAUAUCCGGGUCGCCGGCUUGGAACGUAUCAGACUCGAUUGCGCGUCACGUAAACGUGGUGAACAAAAAUUCUUCUUCAAAAGUUCAAGGCGUUUUUUUGUUCGGAGACUUAUCGUACGCGAAAGGGUACGCGUCAGUAUGGGAUGAAUUUUUAGCACAAAUAACGCCUUGGGCUUCGCAAAUCCCUCUUCUGACGAAUCAAGGUAAUCAUGAAUACGACACAGAAGUAGAGUUUUGGCCGGAAACUCGAAAAGGAUUCGAAGACUUGUACGGCGGAAACGAUUCGGGAGGAGAAUGCGGCGUCGCCGCGACUGUGUUAUUUCCAACGCCGCGUGACGACAAGGAAACUAUUGGUGCGGAUUCAGAUUGGUUUAAAACAGAAAUCGGGUUGGUUUCAAUCGUUUCUAUGAACACGGAGGCUGAUUUUAAAGUCGGUUCUCGUCAGUAUGUAUUUCUCGAAGAGGCUUUAAAAAAUAUUGACCGAACGCGAACGCCGUGGGUUAUUGUCACCGGGCAUCGUCCAGGUUUGGUAGAUUCUGACGAAAAACCAGAUCCAGAUGACCACGAAUCGAAUCGAAUCGAAUCGACUGAUAUUGGUGUGAUGAACAUGAUUCAGGAUCAUCUUUGGGAAAACCUGUUUUUGAAGUACAACGUCGAUCUCACGUUUUGGGGACACCAUCAUGUCUAUCAACGCUCGUGUUCGUGGGCGAAAUUCAACGCCUCGAGCGAUCAAAUACACCCGACUGAAGUUUACGGAAUCGGUCGAACGAACGGCUGCGUGCAAUAUUCGGAUGCAAAUAACAUAUACUCUAACCCGAAAGCGCCAAUAUCGUUGGUCGUCGGAACCGGAGGUGCAAGUUUAGUCAAGGAACUUUCGAGGCCUAAAUCGGAGUUCAACGAGAUAACUUUGUACGCGCAUGGAUACAUCGAUUUGAUUGCUCAUAAUUCCACUUCAUUGCACUGUAAAUUUAUCGAUGGAAUGGAUGAAAAUAGUGUUCUCGACGAGUUUGUCAUCCUUCGAACGACAGAUAAGAACGACACGAGGUAUGAAAACUUGCUGAAAAUUGGUUUCGCCAGCGUCGUUUUACUCAUCGCAUGUCUCGCUCUUGCGGUUGCGUACCGUUUUUUCCAUCCUUGUAGUAGUAAAAGUAGUAGUAGUAGUACUUCGAGUAGUCGCCGCAGUCGUCCUCGUCCGUUUGGCGGUCCAACUGGUGGUUUCACAAAGUUGGUCGACGACGACGAAGAAGAAGAAGAAGAAGAAGAUGAAGAUGAAGAAAUAGAGAUGGGGCAGAUUUAA